AUGGCGCGCCCUAGCAAGACCCAGCAAUUUACCAUCUAUCAGGACACUGGCAUUCCGAGCCCCGAUCCCUCCCACGAUCCUUCACCUGAGCACGACAAUGCAUUCCACAACGGCAUAGAGGAUGAUUUCGACGAGAAUCCGGGCGGAGCCAGUAUACUUGAGGGCAUUGACGAGGACUUGGAGCCGUCGAACAUCGAUCCGACCGACACCGAGCGCGAAGAUGGACGGCGCGAAUCCGCGAUUACUUCCACCUCGAUCUCAUCACUGCCGGAGUCAUCUAGCGAGACCGACCAGGAACAUGCCACGCCAAUACACGCGGCCUAUAGCCCACAGAUGAUCAGACCCUCGUUCAGGAGACCAGAAUCUGUCAGGCGUUUGCAAAUGAGCUCGCCUACCCCCUCGUUUGAGCGCAGCCCGCGAAGGUCUGCCUUACAUUCACGAUCGAGAGUUGGCACACCACGAAGCAACAAGGGCAGUCCAGCCACAAGGAAGCGACACGAAGAGCUGGGCACCGAGGGAGAGAAGAAAGAGUACCCGUUGGUCUUGCUCCAUGUUACUCUGUUACCAGUACAACUGCGAUGGAGCACAAGGAGCUUGCAGGAGCUGGUUCCGGGAAACUUGCUAGAGGACUAUCGUCUGCUACGCUCUAAGGUAUCUGAAACUGUGGCCCAACGAGGAAUUCUCAUUCUGCAUCCGAAAGACGAUUACGAGCUACUCGAGGAACGUCUGCUCGAAGCUCUAGAGCUCAAGGAAGAACGCAUAACUAAAUGCGGCCAUUUUCGCGCUCAGGGAUCCAUCUCUUCCAUAUCUUCGAGCGAGGACAGUACAGAUUCUGCGAUUGGUUCCAGUAUAGCAAGCUCCAAUUCCGGUCAUUGCAGUACGUGCCAUCAUCAAGUCAAAGGAGUAGAAGCUGGGGACAAACAAAAGUGGAGCAUUAAAGUGUAUGCUGCCAACGGACUCAUGCGCGCUUCUGCAUGGUCCGCUGCCUGGUCGGAGAUGGAGCGUGUCGAUGUCGAGAUACUGCCAUGGAUCGGUGACGAGCUGCGUAGGAGUCUCGAUGCUAGGCUUCAAGACGAGGAGUUGGAAACACGGCAGAGAAAUGAUGACGAAGAGGCUCGGAUCAGAGAAGUGGUGGAACAGCAACUCCGUAUCGAACAUGAAAGCAGGAAGCUUGCUGAGCAAAAAGCCGAAAGCUAUGAGAUGGAGCAUACGGAAGAGACAAUCUUUGAACCGGAGUCGCAGCCGCUGGACGACUUCCCGCCAAUAUACGCCCGGCAAGACAUCCCACUCUCUGUCCUGUUGAAGAACUACCUAUACCUGCUUGCACAAGACAAACGCAACAUUGCCAUUUGCGGAUUGGCGGUGCUGGCUUUGUGGAUGAGUCUGCGAACAGCGCUCGUCUCGACUCUGGCAGAAGGCCCGAUGCUGCCAGCAGUCUACGAGCAUGAUCCCCAAAGGACAUUGACAUCGGAUGUGCCAAACCUUGAGAUCAGCAACAGCGAUCCCUUCGUUGCUCAGCCUAUAUCGAUUUCUCCCACGUUCGAGUCUGCUGAGCUGGUAACGACCGCUUUAUCGAAGGAUCCUGCUCCGACUAUGGCUCCAGAGCUUGCGGAGAAUGAAGACACAUCCGACGAAGUACAAGCAACGAAGGAGCCUGCGGUUCUCCCGGCAUCUUCUCCUCUGCUGUCACAGCAGAUAUACGAAGGCGGCGACAAUGAGACGUGCAAGAACAUAGCAUCCACCAGAUUGUUGUUUGGAUACAUGUGA